AUGAAUGAAAACUGGACAACAAAGAAAGUAGAUAAAUAUGUUUUUAUUAAUAAAACAUUAAGGCAAGGUGCUUUAUGAUACAGUAUAUAGAAGCUUUCUACAAGAAAAUGAAAUAAAACAAGUAGCUAUGAAAACGAUAAAGAGACUAUCUCAAACAUCCCAAAAAUGAUAGAAUUAAUAAAGAGAGAAAUAUCUAUUCUUGAAAAUAUUAACCAUCCAAAUAUAGUAAGAUUAUUUGAUGUAGCAAGAAUAUACUAUUACUUGAAUAUGUUUCUUGAACAUUAUGCUGAUGAUGAUCUCAUAUAAUAAAUUUAUUUUAGAUCCUGCCUAUCUAUCAAGACUUGGUUCACCUCUUUAUAUGACACUUUAAAUAUUGGAAGCUUAACCUUUUACAGCAAAAUGUGA